GCUGCUUCUGCUGAGGCUGGUCUGCCUGAAGCCUCCCAGGAGAAAGGAGAAGCCAGGUGGGAAUGGAGAGAGCGAGGAAGCCUGUAGGGUCCAGCGUCAAAGAGAAUCAUGGGGUCCAGGGCUGAGCUGUGGACUCUCUUAGGCGGAUUCUUCUUCCUCCUGCUACUGAUAUCAGGCGAGGGGGCCAAGGGUGGAUUCCUCAGAGAGAGUCAGGGAGUCUGCUCCAAGCAGACACUGGUGGUCCCGCUCCGCUAUAACGAGUCCUACAGCCAACCAGUGUACAAGCCCUACCUGACCUUGUGCGCUGGGAGGCGCAUCUGCAGCACUUACAGGACCACGUACCGCGUUACGUGGCGGGAGGUGAGGCGGGAGGUGCAGCAGACCCAUGCAGUGUGCUGCCAGGGCUGGAAGAAGCGGCACCCGGGGGCACUCACCUGUGAAGCCAUCUGCGCCAAGCCGUGCCAGAACGGAGGCGUCUGCGUUAGGCCUGACCAGUGCGAGUGCGCCCCCGGCUGGGGAGGGAAGCACUGUCAUGUGGACGUGGAUGAAUGUAGGACCGGCAUCACCCUCUGCUCGCACCGUUGUCUUAACACCGCAGGCAGCUUCACCUGCGGCUGCCCGCACGACCUAGUGCUAGGCCUGGACGGGCGCACCUGCACGGAGGGGUCCCCAGAACCCCCAACCAGUGCCAGCAUACUCAGCGUGGCCGUUCGGGAGGCGGAAAAAGACGAGCGCGCUCUGAAGCGGGAGAUUCGCGAGCUGCGAGGGCGCCUGGAGCGGCUGGAGCAGUGGGCCAGUCAGGCUGGGGCCUGGGUCCGAGCGGUGCUGCCCAUGCCGCCUGAAGAGCUGCAGCCAGAACAGGUGGCUGAGCUGUGGGGCCGGGGUGACCGGAUCGAAUCUCUCAGCGACCAGGUGCUGCUGCUGGAGGAGAGGCUAGGUGCCUGCUCCUGUGAGGACAACAGCCUGGGCCCUGGCCUCAGUCAUCGAUAAGAAGCCUCUACAGCACCCCUAAUUUAUACAGAAGCCAGACCCACUAAUCCUCUGGGAUUGGCCGACUGUGAGCUGCAGAUAAGGCUAUCAACCACCAAAGAGCAAUGAACAAUGGAAACUUCAGAGAGCUGAAGAAAGGGGGAGGCCUGUGUUCUGGGCCCACCCCUGAGUCUUCUGGCUGGGGGCAGGUUGCCUGGGCAAGAACUGCUUCUUCGAUUCCUUAACAAAUGCAACCACCAAGCACCCAGAUCUUUCUCUCUCUCUCUUUAUUUUCAGUUUUUUGCUGUUAUCCAGAUAAUUAAUAAAAACCAACCACGCAAAACUGGGUCCCACCCUCUCCUUUUGCUCCCAGCCUACCUCCCCAGUUGUGGGAACAGGUCUGGAGCGAGAGGCAGGGAAUGGCUAAUGCCACCGGGAAGAAAUGAAAACUGGCUCAGAGAGGGGGAAGCCUCAACAGAAAAAGAAAUAAAUUAAAAGCCCUCCUAUCCCCUCCAGCCAGGGUUUGUUCCUUUCCCCAACUCCCCAGGGGGCAGAAGUGAGCGCAGCACCCGAUGUCUGCUUCUUCCCCUUGUGUCUGGUGAAAUGGUGCAGCAGGGCUGCAGGGGGCUGAGUGGGGUCAGGUCCACUGAAGAACUGUACCAUGGGGACAAAGAAAACCAGAAAUGUGGAGACUGAACUGGUAUCCCAGAGAGUACACAACCCUGGGCAUCUGGGCAAGGGCAGGCAUGAGACCUCUGAAUUAGAAGGGUCCAGCCCCCACUGACGGGAGGCUACACUGGGAGGGAAGGUGAAGGUGCUGAGGAAAGCUCCCAGGAUGAGCCUGGGAGGACUGCUCCAGGUAUCAGCUUCCAGCCACAGGGCGAGAAGUCCUCCUCACAUGGAUGAGUCCAUUGAAUCCAUGGACUUUGGGGUGGGGGAGAAUUGUUCCACAGAAUGGAUGAGUCCACUGGCCAAUGUGGAGUAGAGGGGGAGAGAAGACCACACAGGAAGAGACUCCACUGGGGAUGGAAUGUUCCCCACCCUUGUGUAGGCUGAGUCACUGGAGAUGAGGGGGAGGCAACUGUCCCACAGACAAAACAGUAGGAGGUGGGAGUCAAGAGUGGAGACUGCACGGAGGCAGGAGUCCAUGGAUGGGGCCAAGAGGGGGCAGGAGUGGCGCUGUAUCCACAUUCACUUCAGAAGUUGAAGAUUCCAAAGAGGAGAAUAAGUGGGGAGAGGGGAGACAAGGAAGAAGGUUUGGCCCUGCUUCAGGGCCCACUGGGUGGGUAGGUGUGGGGAAGAAGAUGGGGACAGAUGGGAGGAGAGCUCAGAGCCAGGGUUCACCCACCCCCGCCAGGCUUCUUCAGAUAGUCACCACCACCCCGGCCAUCGGUGGAGAUUUCCCGGAAAACAGUGAGCAUGGAGUGCCGGACUCUGUCAGCCAGAGCUGGGACGUCAUCUGGUGUCAGCCCUUCUGUGGGCACUGGGGGCAGCACCCGCACCUGACAUUGUCCUGGGGC